UUUUACUUAGCUUUAUAGAGGCAAUGAAAUUGAAGAAGGUAAGGAAAGGAAGGAAAAUAAUGGCGGAUGUGAAGCUUUGAAGCCAAGAGUGAGCAAUGGAAUCCCAUCUCUUAAUAUCCUGUUCCUCCAAUUUACCCUUUACCGACAUCUUCACAGAACCCUAGAAUUUUUUUUUUUUUUUUAAAAAAAAAAUUACAUCUCUUCUUUUUCAACUGUUUUUUUUUUUUUGCCGUAAGCUGUAAAAUUCCUGUAACUGAUGCUGGAAAUUUCGCCUUCGCCGGAAAACUCUACCCCCACCGCCGCUGCCGUCGUGAACCGGGCCGCCGAGGAAGACGGUGCAGCAGCCUCUGCCGGACUUUCCGAGGAAACUGACCGGAACUGGCCAGGUAAUCGGUGGCCGCGAGAGGAGACUAUGGCUUUGUUGAAGGUGCGGUCGAGUAUGGAUACUGCGUUCAGGGAUGCAAGCUUGAAAGCUCCUCUAUGGGAAGAAGUUUCCAGGAAAUUGGCUGAGCUUGGGUAUAAUCGAAAUGCGAAAAAAUGCAAAGAGAAGUUUGAGAACAUUUAUAAGUAUCAUAAAAGAACUAAAGAUGGUAGAUCUGGGAAAGCGAAUGGGAAAAAUUAUAGGUAUUUUGAGCAAUUAGAAGCUUUUGAUAAUCAUCCAUUGCUUCCCUCUCAAGCUGAUUCAAUGGAAGAAAUCCCAAGGAUUAUCCCAAACAAUGUUGUUCACAAUGCAAUUCCAUGUUCCGUAGUAACCCCGGGUGCGAAUUUUGUUGAGACUACCACCACUUCGAUAUCGACGUCGACCACGUCUUGUUCGAGUAAAGAAUCGGGUGGGACGAGGAAGAAGAAGAGGAAGUUUGUGGAGUUCUUUGAGAGGUUAAUGAACGAGGUGAUUGAGAAGCAGGAGAAAUUGCAAAAGAAGUUUGUGGAGGCAUUGGAGAAGUGUGAAGUGGAGAGGUUAGCUAGAGAAGAAGAAUGGAAGAUGCAAGAAUUAGCUCGAAUCAAGAAAGAGCGAGAGCGUUUGAAUCAAGAGAGAUCGAUUGCGGCUGCAAAGGAUGCAGCUGUUCUUUCAUUCUUGAAGGUUUUCUCUGAACAGGUGGGCACAGUGCAGUUUCCUGAGAACUUGAUUUUGAUGGAGAAUUUGACUGAGAAGCAAGAUGAUGGUAAUGUUGACAGAAAUACAAGCACUCGAGAGAAUAUCAACAAUGGUAAUUCGAGUCAGAUUAGCUCAUCUCGAUGGCCGAAAGAAGAGAUAGAUGCUCUGAUUCAGCUUAGGACUAGUCUGCAGAUGAAAUACCAGGAUAAUGGCCCUAAAGGUCCUCUCUGGGAGGAAAUAUCACUAGCCAUGAAGAAACUUGGGUAUGAUAGAAAUGCAAAGAGGUGUAAAGAGAAAUGGGAGAACAUCAACAAAUACUUCAAAAGAGUAAGGGAAAGCAACAAAAAGCGACCCGAGGAUUCAAAGACAUGCCCUUAUUUCCAGCAGCUCGACGCAUUGUACAAACAGAAAUCCAAGAAAAUCAUCAACAAUCCAACCAAUCCAAAUUACGAACUAAAACCCGAGGAACUAUUGAUGCACAUGAUGGGCGGCCAAGAAGAAAGCCACCAGCCCGAAUCAGCAACAGACGACGGCGAUCAGAACCAAGAAGAUGAAGUCGAAGGCGAAGGCGAAGAUGAAGACGAGGACUAUCAGAUUGUAGCCAACAACAGCAAUAAUCAAAUGGAAGUUAACUAGCAAAGGGCUCAAAUGUGGCAUUCUAUUCUUGCAAUCUCACAAGGUGGUAAAAAGGUCAGAUCCUUCAACUCUACUACAAAAAGAAGUCAACUAGAGUGUAGCUUAAUUGGCAUAGUACUCGUACUAUCGACCUCGAGGUCUGAGGUUCGAUUCUCCCACCCCACACUUUAAUUACAAUACCUUUGCAAAAAAAAAAAAAUACUACAAAAAGAAAUGAAACUUCAUGGGAAUUGGAAUCUGUCUGUCUAUAUAUAUUAUGUAUAUCUUUCUUUAUUUCUUGAAUAGAUGAUGAUACUUGUAGGCUAGAGAGAGAGAGAAUAAGAGGGGGGGACUUUGAAUUGUUUAUUGUGUGCAAAAGUUGAAAGAUGUUUGUUUGCUCCAUGUUUGUUUGUCUCUGUAUCAAUAAAGAAAAAACCAGCAUUAUUUUGCUGUUGCAGGUGUUGGUAAAAUUCUGUAGUAAGCCUGUUUAAUGAUAUAAUGCAAAAGUUUCCAUU